AUGUCUGACAUUCAACAAAACACCAAGGCGACAUCCAAGACGAAGAGCAAGAGACGAACUUGGGUACAAGAACGUCGACAGAACCAGAUUGAUAGAGGAUUGGAGGAAGACACGAUCUCUGUCAUGCCGACUCAGGUGUUCGAGUGUGCUCAGCGCAGAGCAAGCGUGCAAGGCAUUGAUGCUACUCUCAUGACUCCUCCCAUUGAGCCCGAUGAGUGGACAACUAAGAGCUGCCCAACUUCUGCCAUCCGCAAUGUCCACAACCUACCUCCUGCGAGAGCUACGGCUCUGGAGAGCGUCGAACUCCCACCACAGCUUCCAGAGUCUAUGGACAACGUCUCGCAAAACAUUCCCAUCAUCACGAUUGACACCAGUUCGACCCCUGCAAGCCACACCGCAGAUACCACCACAAGAAGCACCUCCACCACCGCAGACACCACGACAGGCACCUUGGCCCCUGGCAUGAGCGAACAUCAGACUUUUGCUACUCUAGCCGACAACAACUUCUUUAUUCCCCCAACUGCUUCUCUCAACGCUUCUUCACUCAUCCUGUUCAAACACGACACUCCAUCUCUUGAGCGCUUCCGCCUGCUCCACAAUCAAUUGUUCAUCGAGCUUGGCCGUGUGGUUGAAGAGCAGCUGCAGCCACCUCAGUUUCCAGAGACCAACGCCGAGGCAUAUGGACAGAAGGAGCAACUCAUGCUGGGAUUGUUGACUGAGGUUGUUCCGGCCUUGAACCAUCUUACGGAGAGGGUCGGAAAGGAGAUCAAGUCGAGCAUGGAGAAGCAUGAAGCAGGAUUGAGACUCUGGGCUGGAGAGAGAAAACAGAAGGAGGAAGGCGCAUGA